AUGAUUUCCUGGGGCUGGAGAGGGCAGAUAUGCUGGUGCGGUAAACAUGUCUUCAGAAACAUAUCGGGGCAAAAGACUCUCAGCCUCCAUUCACUUUGGAGGUGCUGCCACCAGAGGACUUCGGGAAGUUGCCUGGAUCCAGAGAUAAGGAGGUUUUUGGAAGAGAACACUGAAAUUACCAACAGUGGGAAUCUGACACCGGAAAUAAGGCUACGGCUUCUGACCCCUCACUGCCGAUUCUGGAAGGAAAAAGCGGCCUUGUGGCCAUAUAAAGACCCCUAUUGGGCAAUCUACUGGCCUGGAGGUCAAGGACUGUCCAGGUACCUUCUCGAUAACCCCAGCAUUGUCCAAACGAAGAAAGUUUUAGAUCUCGGAAGCGGCUGUGGAGCGACAGCCAUAGCGGCUGCAUUGAGCGGGGCAGCUGAGGUGGUCGCCAACGACAUCGACCCCAUUGCAGGAGCUGCCUUAACACUGAACUGCGAAUUGAACAACCUGGAUCCCUUCGCUUUCUUGACGGACAACCUGAUUGGUUCCGACCUUGGCAGCUGGGAUGUCAUUGUCCUUGGGGAUAUGUUUUACAGUGAAGAACUUGCAAACGGCCUUCAUCGUUGGCUGAAGAAACAUAUUUGCACACAUGGGACUCAAGUGCUGAUUGGGGACCCCGGCAGGCAUCACUUUGUGAGCCACCAAAUUCAGAGUCAGUUGCACAAAGUCACUGAGUAUCCUCUCCCAGAAUUAGACCAGCAAGAAAACAAUGGUUCAACCAACACCGUGAUAUGGAAUUACCAGCCUUGA